UGUGUGUUUGGUUUGUGCUUGCUAGCCUACAUCUACCCAUUUGUAACGUUACUUAGAGCUUACAUAGAGGUUUGGUUUCUUGGCUGGUUUGUUUAGCUAGUUGUCUGACUUGCCCAAUGUGAUGAAUGAUAUGCCAGGGAGUAGUCGCUUUGAACGUGUGCCAGGCCUGUCGCAGCGGUUUGUGUUUCUCCUUCAAAGCAGCUGAGACGUUUCAAGGAGACAUAAACCCUAAGUAGCUUGCUUGUUGCUGCAUGUUGUAUCAAAGUGCAAUCUACCAAACGCGGGGACCCGAGUGAGCUGAAGGCAAUUUUCCAGAAGUAUGCCAGUGUAGCGGACAAGGAUGGAGAGAGGUUUAUGACCCCAGGAGACUUUGUCCAGAAGUAUCUAGGGCUACACACGCAGAUCCACCACAACCCCAAAACUGUACAGCUCAUUGCUGCUGUGGCUGACACCACAAAGGAUGGGCUGAUCUCAUUCCAGGAGUUUCUUGCAUUUGAAUCGGUGUUGUGUGCACCCGACGCUCUCUUCAUUGUCGCCUUCCAGCUGUUUGACAAGACUGGAACUGGAGCCAUUUCCUUCGAGAAUGUGCGGGACAUCUUCAGCCAGACCACAGUGCACCACCACAUCCCCUUCAACUGGGACUGUGAGUUCAUCCGUCUGCACUUUGGGCAUGACAGAAAGAAGCACCUCAGCUACCUCGAGUUCACCCAGUUUCUGCAGGAGCUGCAGUUGGAGCAUGCACGGCAGGCAUUUGCCCAGAAGGACAAAGAGAAGAAUGGUGUCAUCUCCGCCAUGGACUUCAGUGAUAUUAUGGCCACCAUCAGACACCACAUGCUCACACCCUUUGUGGAGGAGAACCUUGUCUCGGCUGCAGGUGGCAGCACCUCUCAUAUGGUCAGCUUCUCUUACUUCAAUGCCUUCAACUCCCUCCUGAACAACAUGGAGCUGAUACGCAAGAUAUACAGCACGCUGGCUGGCACGCGGAAGGACACGCUUGUGACCAAAGAAGAGUUUGUUCAUGCUGCCAACAAGUUUGGUCAGAUCACUCCCAUGGAAAUUGACAUCCUGUACCAGUUGUCUGGCCUGCACUCUCCCUCUGGGCGCCUGAAUCUCACAGACAUUGAGAGGAUAGCUCCAUUGGAGGAAGGAUGCCUGCCCUACCACCUGGUUGAAAGCCAAAAACAGGCCCACGGAGACGGUUCCAGGCCUAUAUGGCUCCAAGCAGCAGAGUCAGCCUACAGGUUCACCCUGGGUUCCAUUGCUGGAGCUACUGGAGCGACGGCUGUGUACCCCAUCGACUUGGUGAAGACUCGUAUGCAGAACCAGAGGUCCACAGGGUCCUUUGUUGGAGAGCUGAUGUACAAGAACAGCUUUGACUGUGCUAAGAAGGUGCUUCGCUACGAGGGCUUCUUUGGCUUCUAUCGAGGUCUCGUUCCUCAGCUUAUAGGUGUGGCACCUGAGAAGGCUAUCAAACUCACAGUGAAUGACUUUGUACGAGACAAGUUCACCACAAAAGAUGACACAAUUCCUUUAUUUGCUGAGAUUGUCGCAGGUGGCUGUGCUGGAGGCUCUCAGGUGAUUUUUACCAACCCUCUGGAGAUUGUGAAGAUUCGCCUGCAGGUGGCAGGUGAGAUCACCACUGGACCUCGAGUGAGCGCGCUCAGCGUGGUCCGUGACCUGGGCUUCUUCGGCCUCUACAAGGGCGCUAAAGCGUGUUUCCUGAGAGACAUUCCCUUCUCAGCUAUCUAUUUUCCCGCGUAUGCCCACCUCAAGGCCCACCUGGCUGAUGAACAAGGCAGGGUGGGGCCUUUGCAGCUUCUGACUGCUGGAGCGAUUGCAGGUAUACCUGCAGCCUCCCUUGUGACGCCUGCCGAUGUCAUCAAGACGCGUCUGCAAGUUGCAGCGAGGGCGGGACAGACCACUUACUCGGGAGUCAUUGAUUGCUUCAGGAAGAUUCUGAGAGAGGAAGGGUUCAGGGCUUUGUGGAAGGGAGCUGGAGCUCGUAUGUGCCGGUCUUCUCCCCAGUUUGGCGUGACUCUGGUGACUUAUGAGCUCUUACAGAGGUGGUUCUACAUUGACUUUGGAGGACAUCGUCCGGCAGGAUCUGAGCCCACCCCGAAAUCCCGCAUCUCAGAGCUUCCUCCCAUUAACGCGGACCAUGUUGGAGGCUUCCGUCUGGCCGCAGCCACCUUUGCUGGGGUGGAGAACAAAUUUGGCCUCCACCUUCCCAAAUUCAAGUCCUCCGGCGUGGUUUCCAUACAUCACUCAGAGCCAGUCACUGCCACGCCGGCUCAGGCCUCAUAGAGGUCUGAAUCUCCAUAUCAAUUUGCCAUCCCUCUCCUCUACCAGGAGCCAGACACUUAGAUAGAUACAGUUAAAACACACCCCGCAAAUAUGGGCUGUUAACUUAGAGAUGAACAACACCAGUCCGUUAGCCUCCCCAGGGUGAGGGUGUGCUCCGCUGGUCCCCAGCCGGUGGUGGAGACGGAGAGCUGGCUGCAGCUGCGGAUGUAACCGAGCAGACAGCGACGGGACCAGAGUGCUGACUGUGUUGUAUCUUCUGUGGCUGUACGCUCCUGACAUCUCCAUCUUUUGUGUUUUUCUCUUCAGCAUUUGUAUAAAAUGGAGCUUUGGGCACUCCUUUCUUUCUCUCUCUUUCAUGAGUAGCUGAAUGAUUUUAUUUUGGUUUCUGUCUGAUACUCAGAGUGAGUAGGACUUCUUACUGGAUGAAUGGGAUAGAACAUAUAAGAUUGGUCAGCGCAGUGUGUGGGGCAUCACCUUCAAUUGGUCCUCACACAGCAUGUUGACAGGAAGCAGUUAAGAUGUUACAAGACAGAGCUCUGUAACAUUCAGUCAGUAUCAUUACACAGCAUCUGUAAUGUGACAGCAUUGUGGGGCCUUUGGUCCUGUCUCUGAGAAUCUCUCUGACUGAUGUACAGAACAUUACAAUUAAGUGUUUUCUUGAUAAAACAAGAAUCAUGAGCAGAGAAUUAGGUAUUAAUAAAUUAAAUGUAACUGAACUGAGUCAUUGUAUUUUAUUGAAAUAAAUCAUCCAUAUGGUUUUAAUUUUAA